AGUGAAACAAAUGGAAUUGGUCAUUUAAUUUAGAUUGUAGUAUCAAUUAAAUAAAUCAAAAAGUUUUAUUUGAUAUCAAUGAGUAAUUAUGAUUAAUCGUAAUAAAUAGUUAAAAAUAUUUCUAAAUGAGCGUAUUAUGAAUAGGUAUUCCUAUUACACAGAUACUUCUUGUCAGGAUCAGCAAAGUGUUAUGGCCAGUGAAAGCAUCAUGGAUGAAUUAGCUACUUUGUUACGCACUGAAAUCCCGGAAGGACGUCAGAGUUUAUUAGAUAGUUUUACAAAUUUAGAACGAGUAGCAGAUUAUUGUGAAGAUACAUAUUACAGAUCCGAUAAUAAAAGAGCAGCUUUAGAGGCUACAAAGAAUUAUACUACACAAUCAUUGGCAAGUGUUGCUUAUCAAAUAAACACAUUGGCAUAUAGUUUCAUGCAACUGUUAGAUCUUCAAGUACAGCAAUUAUCUGAAAUGGAAUCUCAAUUAAAUCAUAGUGCGCAAACUGUAAUGAUUCAUAAAGAAAAAGUUGCAAGGAGGGAGAUUGGAGUUCUAACAGCAAAUAAAGUUAGUUCUCGUCAGUAUAAAAUUGUUGCACCGAUCAAUCCUGAGAAACCGAUUAAAUAUGUGCGAAAACCAAUAGAUUAUUCUAUACUGGAUAGCAUUGGACAUGGUAUCAAUUCAAGUACAAACCGUGCAAAGCUGCAACAUCGUGGUUCCAGCCAAGGAUCUAUACAGUCUGCAUCAACGUUAACAAAUUCAUCAGGUGUUGGUCCAGCACCAACAACUAAGCCCCCAACACCCCCACAAUUAGCUCGAAGUGGGAAUCCAGGAUCAAGUGGUACUUUAAAUAAGUCAAUUACUAAUACAGGCACUUUGGGUCGCGGAUCGCGAGAAUAUCGUACACCAUCGGCCGUAAUUCCACCCCAAGUUCCAUCGCAUUAUGCUCCAAACUACCCAAUCGGUCAUCCAAAAAGACAAAGUUCUAAUUCUGGCAAUACGACGGUUUCAUCGGCAAAUAAUCCAAUUACAACUACUUCAAGCACAACAGUAACCAGUGAACGUGGAUCAGGAUAUAGUGCUUUACCAAUUCCCCCAAGUCAACAAAUCGCAACUCAUGUGAAUUUGCCCUCAGCUGGAAUGAUGCAAAAUCUUCCACCACCACCUCCAGUUACCAGUAUGCCACCUCCGCCACCACUUUCUGUCACGCAUGAAUUACCAGAAAGUCAUGCACAAAGUCAUAUUGGGAUGCAUACAUUGGGCAGAAAUAUUAAUAGCCUUAACUUUAAUCGGCCUGGCUCCCAAUCACCUCCGUUGCCGCCUCCACCACCCCCUGAAGAUGAACACCAAGAUUUUGGCCGCCCCAGAUCAUCUAAUCCAUCGAGUGGUGGUCCAUUAGCCCCAAUUGUUCCGGAUGAUCAAAAUUUACCGGGAUGGGUACCGAAAAAUUAUAUUGAAAAAGUUGUUGCAAUAUAUGAUUACUACGCAGAUAAGGAUGACGAAUUGAGUUUUCAAGAGAGUUCGGUUUUGUACGUAUUGAAGAAAAACGAUGAUGGUUGGUGGGAGGGCGUUAUGGAUGGUGUUACUGGAUUAUUUCCUGGAAAUUAUGUUGAACCUUGUGUUUAAAAAAAAGUGUUUAAAAAAUUUGAAAUAAAAUUAAAAACAAAAAUAAUUAAUUCAUACAAUAUGCUUAAACAAUAUGAUUAGAAAGAGACUAAAUACGGAAAAUAUUUGUUUUUUUUUAACAAAUUUAAUUUAAUUGCGUAACUUGAUUGUAUUUGUUCACAACAGAUGUAUUAUAACAAUAGGGUUACGGCAACAUGUCAGUGUUUUGGCAAAAUGGAUGAAUGCAGUUUAUGUAUUCAACAUUUCACUUAAACAUAGAUCGGUAUCUAAUAUGCAAUGAUUUUUAUAAAUUAAAGCGCUAUGAAUGUAAGACCCUUAUAACAUAUAAAAUAAUCUAAACCAUUACAAAUAUAUCUAUAAAAGUAUUAAAAGUGUAAAAAAUAUUACGAAUAGGUCGUGGUGUUAUAAAAACUUUAGCGGGAUUUUGAAGCUUAUAUUUAUUGUUUUUCUUCGUUUUGAAUGCUUUAAGUUAGCAGUUUUUGAAAAAAGUCUACGCAAUUUUUCAAUUUAUUUUACAACUUAUGUAUUCAAUAUUAAUUACCUAGUUUUUUAUUAUUUCACUUUAAUGUUAUGGUAAUAUAAGAAUUUUAUAAAUUUGAUAUGAUAUAAAAACACAUAAACAAAAUAAUAGACUAUCUUAUGAUUUUUUUUGUGUAAUAUUGGUUAAAUAAAAAAUCAAUUUGUAUUACAAAUUUUGUUUAAUUAAUCUUUAAA